AUGCGUGUACCCCAAGAAUUGAAGAUCGAAGAUGGAAGGAUAGUGGCUGAACCUUCUCAGAGGAGAUUCACCUAUUCAUUCGACAAUCGAGACUCCAGCAUCGAAAAGGGGUCCAUAAACGUUUGGUCUGAAGCCCCUCGGACUCAGGAUGAAGAGGAAAGCAUGGUGAAGAGAGCACUCGCGGAGAGCCUGGGCGAGUCCACUGCACAAGAUGGUCAGGAUGGCACCAAUUGGAAGUCCACAGCGCCUGGGUCAGCCAGGGAGGAGGAAGCACAGCUGGAGCAGGCUCUGCGAAUUAGCGAACAAGAGUUUGAAAAGAGCAGCCAGCAUGACUCGCCCCGAGAGGUGGCGUCCCAGUGCGACCUGCCGCCUCUUGAGGUUUUUGAGGGAAAGGGCUCCCUCAAAGAGGACGAUGACAGUGGCAGUGUUGCCAAUGGCGAAUACAAACUCUGUGCCUACAUCACCCACAAAGGUGGCUCAGUGCUGUGUGGGCAUUACACAGCGCACGUAACGGGGAGCAUG